CGAGGAGAUGGCGCUCCUCAUCCAGGACCUCCUCGACACCUUCGGCGGACCAGCAGGACGCGACACCCUGGACGUCCCGUUGCUUGAUGCUCUCCGCAUCCAGGACAUCUGGAGCACGCAGAGGCGCCACCUCAGCUGCAUUAAGGACCCACCGGGGGUGCGGCUUUACACCGAAAUCGGCAGGCUGACCAAAGGCGGGGUCAGCCUGCCGAUCUACCGCUGCGCGAGGGGCUCCACAUCUCUGGAGUCCUUCCACCUCCACCUCAACCGGUUCAUCCCAGGGACGUCGGCCAGCGCGAAACAUUUCCAGGCGUUCCUGGUUGAUGGACUGGUGAGGUGAAACGAAGACCGCGCAGCAGCUGCUGCACCUCCGGUUGCAGAUGAGGGACAGGUGACGCCUCUGCACUCCUACAGUGGCCACCUCAAGCACGCCCUUAACCUGAAGAGCCAAAGGGUGCUUGGCCUUCAGAUGGUUAGGGAUUUCACAAAGCCUGCUGCGUACACAGGGGAGCUCAUCGGGGUGGAGUACCUGUACCAGCAGACGGGUUGCGUGCUUGAGGAUGUCAGCUUGGACCCUGACACUCCGGACGAGGCUGCUGCUGUCACCGCGCUGGAGGAGGUGGACGAGGGUAUAGAGGAAGACGUGGAGGACCCCACCAUCUUUGGGCCAGCUACCCUCUCCACCCGUGCAGCAGCUCGGUCAGGUGAUCCAGCUGACGCACCCAGGUCUGAGCCAUCCGGUCCGGCCGCCCCUACCCGACAUGCCUCUGCUGAGGCUCCUGGAAGCCCGACUCCUGCUUCCCAUCAUUCCUCAGACUCUGAGGAGGAGGUCCAGGGUCCUGAUGGCCAGCCAGGAUACCAGCACGUCCUGAAGCUGGCCAAGGCCCUGGUGGAGGUCAGGAGCCUUCAGGGUCUGCCAGACAGCAGGGUAGACAGGCUCAUCGCCCUCUGGCAGGCGUUGCCAGAGGGCGAUAAACAGCGAGUCGUCUACCCUGCCAGACACCAGGAGAGGCAGACCAAGGGGCGGUUCAAGGCAGCCAAGGGGAAGAACACCUCCUGUCCUGGGAAGGAGAGUCUCCAACGCUGCCUGCUCGGACAGACCUCGGGCCCUGCAAACUGGCCAGAUGCAAGUCGUCUGGUGGAGGCCAUUUGCAGCCAGCUCUGCCGUCUGCAUCCCGGGGCCACGCGCACGGGAGGGACCCUGAAGACUCGGUGGUCCCUCAUCCUGGCGGACUACGUGGCCAUAAGAGAGGUGGUGCUGGCGAGCCCGAGGCUGAUGGCUCAGACCAACAUUCAGCUGUUUGAGUUGAACCAGCGGACUCUGUCGCAAUGGUUCACAGGGAGACAGAGGAAGUGGGGGAGGGCCGUUUUGGAGCAGGGAUCUGGCGUCGUCCCUGCUCCAGCCAUCGCCAGCGAGCCCCUACCCGCUGCAACAGGGCUGUCCUCGGUUCAGGUGGGACAAGGACAGCCCUUUCACUUUGACAUCCCUGAGGAGGAGCCAGGUCCAUCCUCCAGGGAUAAUCGGGCUGCGCCGCCUCCUCUUCCGGUACCCAGGACCACAGCCUACAGGAAGAGGAAGGCGGCGGCAGCGGCAGCUGCAGGAGAGGAGCCUCCACCUGGAGCCAGACCCCGCCAGCAGCCGCUGCAGUACACCUGCAGAAAGUGUGGCCAGCCAAAGAGGCUGGACACUGGCCACACUCGAAUUGCUGGUGUGGCGUACUGCGCGGCUGUUGGUGGAAAGACUGUGGACGAGUGGAGGGAGGAAAUGAGGAAAAAAAAGGACUAA